CGGAAAUUCAUUCCGAUUUCAUGGCAGUCGUAACGAGCAUCAGUUCAACAGUUUGUAUACGUAAUUGAAUGGUUAGGAGUGAAAUACAGUUCUCAAACGUUGAUAGAAACAUAAUUUACACUUAUUACUAUGUGUUACAUAUCAAUUACAAUUGUGUAGCGCUUUUUACCAACGUUUUCCGGCAGAAACAUUUCGUGUUCGUGCAUGUUUGUGCAUGCGAUCGUUUGACAAGUUGCUGCUGUUGCCCAACCUGGUGAACAUUCGUUUUUGUUGCAUUCUCGUUAUUUCUUGUGCAGGUGAAAAAGUUGUUCGUUUCGUUCCGCUAAUUGUGAUCGAACGGUGAAUAAACGGUGCGGAAUUAAACGAAAACCGAUCCCGAAACUAAACGCGGAGACACGUGUGUGUACGCAGUGCAUUCCCGGUAGUGCACGCAAUCGAUUGCAAGUUCAACGAACGCGAAAACAUUCAUUCGCCCUCCCCCACCACAUACACGCACGCACAGACACCCUCCACAUUACAAGUGGUUGCGAGGCGGGUUUUCCUGCUCCGUAAGCCAAGCUUAUUUUUCACACGUAACCAAAAUGGUUUUCGCUAGCUACAACAGUGCCUCGUACUUGCUGCCACUGGAUAAUGAUCAAAGUGUGUCGUUCUAUCGGAACGAGAAUCGACUCUUCCCCACCGCUAUCGGUCCGUCCGCGGGUGGUGUUGCACCCCCACCCGGAAGAAACAACAGUACCACCUCCGCCAGCGAUAUGAGCAUUACUGACAUGCUGACCGCAGCGUACCAUCACGAGAUGCAGCAGCACCCACAUCCGGCCGUCGGUGGCAGUGGUGGUGGUGGCGCUAGCGGUGGAAACAUAAACGCGGGUGAUUGCCCUUUCGGCCGGGUUCAAUCACCAGCCGCGCCGCAGCAACACCAGCCCCAUCAGCAACAACAGUUGCCGGUGCAGCAGUAUCAUAGUUUCGGUGGAACCGUUGCCAUGUGCAAUGAUUUCCAACCAAUCGCUUACCUCAAUGGUUCCUCCAACGGUUACUAUGGAUUUGUGCCGUCACUAGCUCCAACAGGUGGUGGCGGCGGCGGUGGCGGUGAAGGUGCAGGGCAUUCGAGCAAUAACAACGUUCUUCCGGGUGUCGCCGUUAACAACAAUCGCCACCACCCCUCCGUAACAACGGCAAAUGUCAACGGUCACCUGUCGGCAAUCGAUUUCCAUGGCAACCAGCACCAUAUCAGCUGUAAUGAUGCCGGCGAGCAAAACAACAAUAACAACAACAACAACAACGGGGACGACGCAGGGAUCUUCCAUAUGCAACCCUUCCCGGUGCAACAACAGAUAGCGCAAAAGCGUAAAAAGUUUAAUCAGUCACAGCAGCAGCAGCAUGAAGAUGAGGAAAUGGACACAAAUGCGCAUCUAAGCGCAGUAGGCCAACAGUAUCCGAAGCGACGAAAAACCGACACGGACCAGAACGGUGGAACGGCGGGGUUCCCGCUAACGCCGAGUGGUCCAUUUCCUGGAAGCAACAGUGGAGUAUCGUACCAGCACCAGGUCGAAAUACACGAACCGGCAAUUGACGAGAUGGAAUGUCAGGAUCAGCCGACCCAGCAACAUCCCGCCGUGACGCUGCAAACCCAUCCUAAUGGAUUCCAUACCGUGGACGUUCAUCAUCCCGCCGGACAGCAGCAUCAGCAGCCGACAAGCAAGAUUCAGAGGAGGGACGUACUGUUGAACAGCUUCAUCGAUGCUAGGGACGAUCGUGUCGCGACGACGUGUUCAAGCAGCGUUCCGGUUUGCCUGGAUCGUACCGCGCGGCGCGAGCGCGACAAGAAGGUUGGCCAUGGGUGGGAUCAGGAUCUGUUCUACAGUUUGCACGGUACCGGUGGAGGAUACCGGUAGGAAAGUGACCUUACUAUCUUUGAUGCGGCGAUUGCUUUAAAAACGGUGUGUUUUUUUUAUUAUUUUGAUAAGGUGCGCAGUUACAUUUGUAACGUCUGAUUAGGAGAGUAGGGAAGCAGAUUUCAUGUAGCAUUGUUAAUUGAUAGAAACCCCUCAAAGAGCGCCCUAUCUGCUGUUGAGAGGGUGCACCUUUGGGGUGUUGGUAGCAUUCAUCCAUCGUUGUCUUAACUAAACUGACUGCACUUUUUACGUUCUACGAUGUACCUACUAUACGGAAGGAGAGAAUCUUUCGGAAUGAAUUUCGUCUGUUUGUUUAUAAUUACGAUACUACGAAAGACUACUAAACAAUCAAUCUUAGUAUGUAAAUCAGCACACACACGCUAUUGGAAGUGUACUUAACUUUAGACGUAAGGGAACUUUGAAAUAAUUCAAAACAGUUCGAUUAGCUACUAACGAUAAUGACAGUAGUAGUAGCACACAUCGAAGGUGCUAGUAGUGCUCUGCGCUCUGCAAUAGCUAGAGGGAAUAGGUUAAGAAGUUUUUUUUUCUUUCUCUCAUUUGUAGUACGUUUCUUUUUUUUUUUUAACUUCGGCUCUUUCAGAACAAAAUCAGAACAACAUUUAGCUGUGCUUAGGUACGGAGAACCAGAGGUGUUUCCGGCAAAGAAAAGAAAAUAAUAGCUAUCCGCGUUUUUUUUUGUUGCUGAUUUUUGUUUUGUGUGAUAUAUACCCGGGUGAGGGAUAAACGAAACCUCAUUCUCAUUUUUCCAUUUUAUGUGCGCUCCGCUACGUGUUAUUCUUUUGUUAUAAAGAAAAUAAAGCACAAAACCAACGCAA